AACGUGCGUUAGGCUGAUGUUCAGUAAUGGCAGAAGAACAGCUCCCUCAGAAAACUCGAUUUGAAGAAGCUCUAGAGAACGAAGUGAGUGUCCGUCGAGUGCACGUUGAUGGUGUGAAGUUCACAAAGAAUGAUCUGCUCGCACACGUUGUACAACAACUCUUUCAAGCAAGGACAUUCAAAGAGAUACUGAUGUACUCUCAGAUUGUGAAGUCACACCUUCAGGCACUCGAUAUAUUUAAGUCAAUUGAUUUCAUUGUGGACUCUAGUCAUGAUUUCCCUCAUGGCUAUGAUGUCAUUCUUGACGUUGAAGAAUCUGGCAGGCUGCAUGCAAAAGCAAACUCUACAGUUGCACUCAACCAUGAACUACAAGGAAUGGUCACAUUUGCUACACGAAACACGUUUGGUCGAGCAGAGACGGUAGAAGCGAACAUAUCAGUAGGAACUAAUGCGUUACCAACAUACCGAGUUCAGUUCACCAAACCAUUGCAAGCUGACAAAGACCAUAAUGUGCAGUUCGACAUCCAUAGAUCAGAGCUUGAGUAUCCAUGGAGCAAAUACAAUGAACUAACACACGGACUUGCAGUCAAUUACACAUUGCCGUUUGCUCUGGGCAGCCAUCAGUUUGGCUAUACAGUCGAUUGGCGUCAAUUGAAAUGUUUGUCAAAUGCUGUGCCACUUUCUGUACGAGAGAAUGCAGGACACAACCUGAAAUCAUCAAUAAGAUACUCUCUCCUUCUUGAUUCUCGUGACGACCCAGUCUUUCCCACUCACGGCUCUUCCUUCAGAAUCAACACAGAAUUAGCAGGAAUAGGCGGUGACACAAAAUUCAUAAAAUCAGACACAACACUGCAGACGAAUGUUUGUUUGCCUGUUGGUUCGGUUCUUAGUUUGACGGCAUCGGCAGGUUUGAUAAGGUCGCUGUUUGGAAGUAAAACGAACAUUAGUGACAGAUUUUUUCUUGGUGGCAUGCAAUCUGUUCGUGGAUUUCAAAUGUAUGGAGUUGGACCACACAAUGAAAACUGUUCGAGUGGAGGAGAUGCAUUCUGGGCAGCAGGUGCUCAUGUCUUCACACCAUUACCCUUCCAACCAGGGAAAGGUAGAUUUGGUGAAUUAUUCAGAACACAUUUCUUUAUCACCGGUGGCAACUGUGACGCACUAGCAUUUGGUAGCCAAUGGCGUAAUUCACUUUCAACUUUUCUUUCAAAUGCUCGUUGGUCAUAUGGAAUGGGCGUGGCCUUAAAACUAGGUUUAGCGCGGGUUGAAAUCAACUACUGCAUUCCACAUCGAGCCAUGUCAUCAGAUAGGUUACAAUCUGGACUACAGAUUGGUGUUGGACUGGACUACAGCUGUUAGAACAGUUUGAUAUUAAUAUAUUAACCCUUAAUGCUAACGUAUCACAUGUAAGUAUGAAUAUACAUAUUCAUCUCAUAA